CGAUCAUCGUCUCUAAUUGUUUGUUUCCCGAGAAAACCUCCAAGCAUCAUCAUCGCACUAACAUCUGGGGAUUCUUGUUGCUGGUAUUUUCAUAUGGCUGAAAUCCUCGAACAGACAGUUCAAAUGGAGCUCGAUUCGGGCUCCAAGUUGAGUUCGGGGAGUGGUGAGGAGGUGAUGAAGGAGAGCAGGUCCAAAUUUGAGGUUGAUACGUCGGCGCCGUUCGAGUCUGUGAAGGAGGCCGUGAGUCGAUUCGGGGAAAUGGGUUACUGGAAACCCUCGCAAUCCAAGUUCUCUGAAACUGAGGAGCAUGUGGUAGAAGUUGACAUUGAAAAAUUAGAGCAGCAAGCAGAGGAGGUGGAGAAAGAUCUGAUUGUCAAGGAAAAGGAAACGCUUGAUGUUCUGAAGGAGCUUGAAUCAACGAAAACAAUGGUAGAAGAACUAAAAUUUAAACUGCAGAAAGAAACAUCUGAAGUCAAGUCGACUAUUGAAAUGAAAAUAGAAGACAAGAAUGAGAUAUCUGUGGUGAAAGAAGCAGAAAAGCUGGAAGGUUGUCAUGCAAACUCAGUGGGUGGUUUGAGUUCCUGCCCAGCUCCAGGACUAAUCUUGAUGGAACUGAAGCAGGCUAAGUUCAAUCUUUCCAGGAAAACAAAUGAUCUUGCUGAAAUUCGAGCUUCUGUUGAUUCAUUAAACAAUAAAUUGGAGAAAGAGAGACAUUCUCUCGAGAAGACUCGAGAGAGGUUAACUCUAAAUUCCUCGAAGGUAUCAUCUCUUGAAGAAGAGCUAAACCAAACAAAACUGAAGAUGCAAGUGGCUAAAGAUGCUGAAAAUAAAGGCAGCUCUGAUAAUCCAAUGGAAAUUUCAAGGGAGCUUCAACGGUUGAGUUUUGAGGCCAAGCAAUUCAAGAAGAUGGCAGAAGCAGCAAGAACAGAAGUCUCAAGGGCAAUUUAUGAGAUUGAACAGACAAAAGGUAAGAUAAAAACUGCGGAGAUGAGAUUGCUGGCAGCCAGAAAAAUGAAGGAGGCAGCUAGAGCGGCCGAAGCUGUGGCUUUUGCUGAGAUCGAGUCUCUUCAAAGCACUGAGAUGAGCUCAUCUGAAAUUCCCCCAAAGAGACCUCAAGGAGUGACUCUUUCAUUUGAAGAGUACUCCUCAUUAAUCUGCAAGGCUCAAGAGGCUGAGGAACUUUCUAAGAAGAAAGUGAACGAUGUUAUCCACGAAGUUGAUGAAGCAAAUGUUUCCAAAAUGGAAAUUCUAAAGAAGGUCAAGGAAGCUACAGAAGAAAUCAAAAUUAGUAAGAAGGCAUUGGAAGAAGCACUGAACCAAGUAGAGGCUGCAAAUCAAGGCAAGCUGGAAGUUGAAGAGGCUCUUUGCAAAUGGAGAUCUGAACAUGGUCACAAGAGACGCUCUGUUCAGAACUCUACCAAGUUCAAGAAUCCUUACCCCUCUCAUCAAUGGAAAGAACCCUGUGUCAUCGAUGUGAAUGGACUGAAUGUGAUUAACAAUAUUGUAACAGAUGUUUUAGAGCCAACCUUAUCAAUAGGGCAAAUACUGAGCCGUAAACUGCUUCCUCCAGCAGGUGAAUUUGAGACACAGAAGAUUGCGAAAAAGGAUACCAUGAUGAAGCGAAAGGUCUCCUUGGCUCAAAUGCUCAGUAAACAAUAUAAUGGUUUCUGUUCUUCCCAAAAGAUUGAAAGUGUUGACAAACAGUUCUCUGGGAAGAGGAAGAAGUUCGGAUUUGCCAGGUUUUCACUGCUUCUAGCAAAGCAAAGCAAGAAAAAGAAGAAACCAAGUCUAAACCUGGAGUAAUGCAGUGAUCUUACUGAAGCACUAAUGAUGCCCUUUCUGUCUAAUGUAGACGUUCAUUUUAUUUUCAUGAGAAAUUUCCCUGGUUGUUUUCUUGUCAUUCAUUAUUUAUCAUUUUUCUAUAAGAGAAUGGUUAAAUGUUAAUUUUGUUAUUUGAACUUUAAACUCUGUAUUCUUUUUAACCAUGAAUUAAUUAAGUACUUUUUU